GUCUUUUCACGGAUUUUUUUACUAAAAAAGUAUUCACACCUUACUAUUAUUUUUCCUAACCAGUAUAAAAUUUUUUAUUGUUGUAAAAACUGCGAUUUUAGGUAUAUAAUUUUGAACGCUUAUACAUAAAAAUAUAGAUAUUUAUUUCUUAUUGAAAAAUCGAAGUGUAAUUUCAUUUUGGGCGAGUUGUUUAUAAAAAAAAAACGACAUGCGUUCACUUUCUUCUUUCCGUAUUUGCUCCAUUACUCCACAGACAGUUAUUUCUGUGGUCUCCAGAUCAAUCUACAGCAAACUCCUUGAGGAUCAUUACCACAACCCACGAAAUGUUGGAAAACUUGACAAGAACGACCCGAACGUUGGGACUGGGCUUCGCGGUGCCCCCGAAUGCGGGGAUAUGACCCAAAUGCAAAUAAGAGUAAACCCCGAAACGCUUGUGGUGGAGGAUGUGAAAUUUAAGGCCUUUGGCUGCGGUAGUGCGAUUGCGGCUUCUUCCUAUGCUUCGCAGGCGAUACGCGGGAAAAGUGUGGCGGAUGCCUUAAAGUUGACGAAUAAACAAAUUGCGCAGGAAUUGUCAUUGCCACCUGUAAAGCUGCACUGCUCCAUGCUCGCCGAGGAGACUAUAAAUGCGGCGGUCGAGAACUAUCUUUCCAAGAAUCCCACGUUGAAAAGUAAGAUGAAGCGAGACAGUCUUACAAGAACAGAGAAUGAUAACAAACAUUAACCGAACAGCGGUAGAAAAAUCUAGGAAUAUCUUAGUGCUUUACUUUUACUUUGGGUUACUUACGUGCUUUUCUGCAUCAUAAUUAUAGUCUUAGAAUUUCACUACUACAGGUACUGUAUGUAAUAAUUUUUGCAAUCAUUUUUACAUUCUAAAAAUUUUAGCAUAAUAUGUUUUAUUGUUUAGUCAGCUCCUUGCUUAUUCGCAUUUUUUCUAGAAGUUUUAUGACUUUGUGUUGCCCUUAAUUUACUUAUAUCAAGUGAAGAUAAAUUGAAAAUAAAUAUCUACAGUGUUAAAUGUCAACGUGAUUCACAUUAUACAAUGAUCUGUAAUUAUGCCCUACAGGUAUUCCUUAAGCAAAGUGAAGUUGAUAUAUUUAUACACAUCUAAAAAAAAACAAUUAGAUGAAAAAAAAAUGAAAAUAACAGAAGGUAUGACAUGUGUUUCCUACUUGAUUUUCAUAUAGAAUCUCUUCAUGAAAAUUAGUAUUUUCAGCUCUAUAUAUCUUUUUUAUUUACUCUUGCAUACCUAUUAAAGUGAAAUCACUGUAGAUAUUAAUUUGACUUUAUGAUUAUAUCCGUACAGCUUUUAAUGAACUAAUCGAGUUUUGUUAUUUAUAAAAAAA